GUUUCUUCCCGAAUCCUGUCGCUAUCUUCUCGUGAAUAAACGUCACGACGAAGCGAUGAAACAGUUAGAAACAGUGGCUCGAUGGAAUGGCAAGUCAAUGCCGAUGGUUGAAUUGGAAGUCCCAAAUGAAAUUGUGUCAGAAAAAUCUGACGUGAGAGAUUUGUUUUACGACAAGAAUGUUGGCAUGGUUACUUUUGCUAGCUGGAUUUCCUGGUAAGUCGAUGUCGAGAACUUGGUUAUAAUAAAAAAUUAUUGAAUAACACAUGAUGUGUUUAACAAUUAGGCCCCGUUUACAUGGAAUAUACCGGGAUACGCGGUUUGCGUUUACACGGGAUCUGCAUGUCAGGAUACUUAAUAUCUGCAUGGACAAGUUUUGGUCCACUUACGAAAGCGUACUGUAGGUGUAAAUUGUGCCGGACAAAAAUGUAUCCGGUACCGGUACGUGAAACCGAACAAAAGUUUGUACGGAUUACAGGAAUUGUCGCACAGUGUAAUUUUGAUGUGAAUAUUAUAGAUUUACACAAUUUUACCCAAACAUUUGAAGGGAACUAAUUGUUGUAAUCCAAGAAUACUUUCUAUAUCGACAUACCUUUUUCCAGUAUUGCUACUGUGGCGGUGGUUAACGUAUAGUUAAUAUAGUCAUACAAUUCUAAAAAAAUUUUAUCAACUAUUUUCAGUCCCCGAAUAUUCCAUGAAAUAUUUAAAUAUGUACGUAACACUGGAAAAAUUUUUGAAAAUCCAUAGAAGGUCAUAGAAUGGAAAUUGUAUGGACCUUUAUUGGAAAUAGAAUGGAUUUUGAUGAUCCAUAAUAAUUGUACGGUAUAUUUCCAUACUAUAUAUGGAUAUAGUAUCGAAAUAGUAUGGAUAUACUAUGGAUUUAGUAGUGCAAUUGCAAAUUUCAUAGUAUGGAUUUCACAUUUUUUCCCAGUGUAAAGAAGAUGCGAUUACUUCCGAAAAUCUACCCCGAACAAAUACUGAAUCUCAAUGUAAGCAUGAUAAGAUUGAUCCGGUACCGUCUAAACGGGAAGACAAUGUGGAAACCACGAAAACCGACGGAGCCUCAGACAACGAGGCAGAGUUGUCCGUGAGCGAAUACAUGCAGUUAACGACGUUGAUGCGUCAGUUGCAUGACUAUUUGACUAUUCGAAACCUUUUGCAAAACAAUUUUAACGUUUUCUGCCAUCUUUAUUCUCGACCGUGGACCGUUACGUAAUGGUCCAUGGUUGAGUACUGAUGCCCAAUCAAAUUGCUGAAUUUUGUAAUAGACCAUGGUACGUUGAGAACACUAAUAAGAAACCAAACGAGUAUAUAUACCGCUAAUUCAAAAAAGAUUGUCCUUUGCAAACCUUAAACUCUAAACCUUAAACCUCAAACUCUAUAAGCGUGCAAAGCAUAAUGGGAGCAUCAUUUAAUCAGUUUAGAAAUCCUAUAUGGGGCCCAUUUCUUGGAGACAUGGUAAAUAUCUCCUUACGAGAACAAUUCAUUCUGCACAAAUAGCUGCAAUAUUCAACUACUAAGCUUGAAAUUUGUGCUCCCAUUAAGCUUUGCGCGCUUAGAAUUUAAGGUUUAAUAAGGUUUAGAGUUUAUAACGUUUGCAAAGGACAACCUUUUUUGAAUUGGCUGUAUAUAGGUGCAUGGAUAUAACAUUGUUCUAAUUUCAGUAUGCCCGACAAUGCUGACCAAUGAGGACCAAGCACCAAAGUUGAAUACAAAAAUAUUAUAUAUAAAUAAUAUAUAGAUUUUUCUGUGUUGGUGUUGUGUACUCAGGUGAAUAAUAUGUUUGCGAUGUUACUCGAACCGUCCUGACCGCGUAGCUCAGUUGGAAGAGCAUUGGGCUAGUAUUCCAAAGGUCGUAGGUUCGAAUCCCACCGUGUCCGGGCAUAUUUUUCAAGCUCGCCCGGUGUGGAUAUGCACUCAGAGUAACAUCGCAAACAUAAUAUAUAGAUUGUAGGCCUCAAGUAUUGAAACCAUAUAUAACUUCAAUCUGGCCAAUCUGCAUGUAGCUCCCAAACAACCUGGCAAAUAUGCAUGCAGGAUUCCUAGGCUUACAUGCAGAUAUAAAUAAUCACACUGCCGUUUUGGAAUCGUUUAAUUUUGAAUAUUUUGAAUUUAUAGUUCAAGUAUACAAUUUCUCAACAGGUUUAGCUGUGCACUUGUUUACUACGCUGUUAGCUAUGGAGCCAUCUAUCUCGGAGGAAAUGUAUAUUUGAACUUUUUCCUUGUCAGCCUUGCAACUGUUCCUUCAACUUUAACAGCGACUAUCUGCAUGAAUAAGUAAGUAUAUAUACGUAAUACCGUAAACCUCCGACUAUAAGCCCCCCCCGUGUAUAAGCCCACCACAUGUGCUAACGCUCACCUCAUUCCAAAUAUAAGCCCCCCCCCGAAUAUACGCCCACCCGAAUAUAAGUCCCCCGAAUAUAAGUCCCCCGAAUUAAAUAUAAGCCCAGUAAUCGCUUAAUACAUGUUUAUUUUCCUGUUUAUGACUGACUUGUUUAUGUCUGACUUGUUUAUUACUAACACAAAAGAUCGUCCAUGUAUAAGCCCCCCCCCCCGUAUAUAAGCCCACCCUUGUAUAAGCCCAUCAAAAAUCGCUUACGAAAGUAUAUAAGCCCAGGGCUUAUAGUCGGAGGUUUACAGUAACGCACUAUUAUACGCUCACAUGCGAUUGACCAAUAAUGAGUCUUCGAUAGGGUCACGUGCCGCCUGAUAUUUUACGAUGUAGGACAGGGAAUAUUGGACAGUAGCUUAUCGUGGCUUCUUCCAGGUUUAUCAAUCUUUUCAGAUGUUUUAUUAAUUUCAAACACACAACAAUAUGACGGAUUAUCCCCGAGCCGGCGGCGCGAAGCGCCGUGCGAGGGUACUAAUUCCGCACGGCUAAUUAUACCCGGGUAUGUGAAAACAUAGCGGAGUGCAAAGUUGUCCUCCAUUUUGUUUAUGUCAUGGACGGUUUUCGGCGUUAUGCGCAUGCGCGAGUACAAACUCUGUCAAAGUAAUUGUUUUUCAUUUUGAAAGGACGCAUUUUGCUGUUUUACAGCAAUUUUUUGUUUUAAAUUUCGUUAAAAAGUUUACAAAAGUACAACACGAUUUUUUUUCUCGAUUUUAACUGGAAAUAAGCCUGCAGUUUCAUGAAUUGGUGGCUGUUCAACCGUGAAACAAAGUUUGUAUAAUAAUUGUUUUGAUGUUGAUGUCUUUGAUAAUUUAAUCGUUGUUGUGCCGGUUUGGGUAAGUGUUUAAAACAUUUCAGUAGUAGAAUUACACUGUGCCAUACUUGCUUUGUGUUGUCGGUUUUAUUCAUAUCUGCGAAAUUUUUAAGCCAUUCUUAACUCGAUAAUUCACUUUAAUGCAAGCUGGUAUGCAUGAAAUUGCAGUGAUUCCAGUGAAUGUUAUCGUUCAUUGUAAAGCUAGCGCAUCAGUUGUGUUUUUAUGUUUGUUUAUAAUGGUCUUAAUACUUUAUGUGUAGUUUUUAUACUUCAUCUGUUAAGAAAGGCGAGGGGUUGCUGCAUGCAUGUAUUUUCUAGUUAUAUGGCAAGUAACACUUCCGCUGAAAUGGCGGACUGUGAUUGGCUGAGAAGCACUUUCAGCGGCCAUUAUUUCCCUGUAAUCCGAAAAUUAUAAUUUAAUUUGUUAUUAAUAAGAUAUCUGCGAAUGGUUUUUAGUGGAAAAGAAUGAAUACAUUGGUAUUUGACAAGAAUGACAAGAAUUUAAACCAUUACGACCGUUUUUCUUCCAGUUUUGUUUAAAAUUAUAAAAGCGCAGGAAAACGUGUCUUCGAGAAAUUAAUUUGUUUACAACAGUCGUGAGGUUAAUAAUAUUAGGUCGUUAAAAUUAGGUCAAAUCACCAGGUCAAAUCGCAUGGUAUUUUUAUUAUUUAGAGUUUUUUAUCCAUAACUCAUAAUCUGGUUUUAAAAAAUAGGUUAUUAACUUUUUUGUUCAGUUAUGUAAACAAAUUCGCCGCUGAUGUGUAAUGUCUAAUGAUAAAAAUGCGUUGUCGCUAUAUUAUAUCACUUACAAAGACAAUUUUUUGUUAUGAAAUUGUUUUGUUUGAUUUAAUAAAACACCUAUUGGAUUAAUCUUCGCCCAAUAUGGCAAAAUAUUAAGUCUCGACUUCAAUAUUAUAGAGGUUCAGAUUUGACUUCCACUGCCGCUACCACUACCUCCAACUGGCUUAGUACGCAUCUGAUUGGUUAUAAUUGAAUAUAUUAAACAUAUCUGAUUGGUUGAUUGUCCCUUAAUGGUAGCGGUAGUGGAAGUUAAAUCUGAACCCCUAUAAUAUUGAAGUCUUGAUUAAUUGAUAUUUUGCCAUGUUGGGCUCAGAAGAAUCCAAUAAGUUACAUUAUCAUAUGGCAAGCCUCACUUCCGGUGAAAUGGCGGACUGUGAUUGGUUGAGAAGCACUUUCUGCGGUCCAUUAUCUUCCCGUAAUGGACCGACGAUCCAUUACGUAAAGACAAACGCAUGCAUUUUAAAACAAAAUAGCAAAACUAAUUGAAAAUUUGAAAAUUAUAAUUUAAUUUGUUAUUAAUAAGAUAUCUGCGAAUGAUUUUUAGUGGAAAAGAAGGAAUACAUUAAUAUUUUUUGUUUUCUUCGACUAAAUAUGUACCACGCUACUAAUAUGCAUUUCAAAUCAUGCAUUUCUUGUUUGUUUCAAGUAUAAAUGCCAUAUAAUAAACUUUUUAUUAACCUCGCUUGCUCGGUAUGUACAGAGAAAUAUAGGACCUUGGUCUUUUUGUACAAACUUCGUCCUACGGGCUCGGUUUGUACAAAAAAGACCUCGCGUUUGGUUAAUAAGAAGUUAUUCUUACGUAUUAUCUAUAUACAAUCUCCAUUUUGAUUGGUUGCUGGCCUACAAACAAUUAUUUAUAUUGUGUAAUUAUAUGACGUCACAUUUGCAGAUAAUAGGUUUCUACAUAUAAAUAUGACGUCAGUUCUACAGAGAAUAAUCGCAAAAGCCAGCUUCUUUAUAUUGUGCAUAAAAUUUAUAGCCAUCGCGAGAUUUGCCUCGGUAACUGAAAGCCAUGUACAAAAACUAAAAAGAAGCGGAAACACUAAACAAGCUACAAACUAUGGCAGCAUUAAGACUUUUAAACGAGUAUCUUGAAGAGAAAAAGAUAAGCGAACCUCAAGAGAAAAAGACCCUUUUUGUAUACUUGUAAAACUAUUUUACCAAAUUAAAACGAUCUUGUUUUUUCUUAUAUACGCGUAUAAAAUAAUUAUUGAAUUUGGUUCAAUUUCGCGUGAUAUCGAAAAUUAUCAAGGCCUCUGUUUGUGUUAUCUGUCUCAGCCUUUGGAAGAUAACACAACCUCCACCUUAAUAAUUUUCGAUAUUAUGCUCGACCUCAUCCAAUAAUGAUUAAUUAGUGUGAUAUUUAACUUGUGGAAAAACACCAAGCAUGCAGAUAUGUUUAUUAUUGUAUUAUAGUAUAUAUAUUAUUUUUUAUAUUUAAUUAUUUGUUUUUUAUUUUAUUAUUUCACAACAGAUUUGGCCGACGAAAGGCUGUUGCUGGUGGUAUGUUCAUCUCAGCAGUAGCAUCUAUUAUUUCAGUGGCCAUACCAAGUGACAGAUCCAAUACAGGUGAUUAUGGAGCAUAAUUCCGAAUGUUUGACUGUACUAACUCAUCUAUAGGCAAAAUCACUUUUAAAAAUUUCUGGAGUACCUGUAAUUAUUUUAGAUAUUGUAGCAUAUAUCGGAUCUGCACAGUUUCUUUCACACAUUAUUCUCCCCCCCCCCCCAUCCCUUCCUCGAUCUCUCCAAUCAAUGCUGUUUGUUUUCCCAAAUCAAAUAUAACGAUAAAUAUUUCUGUUCAGUAGUGAGACUGCGAUAUAACAGUAACUUAACACCUUUCUCCCCUUAAUUCUUAAAGGUUAUACAGUUGGACGGGUAAUAAUGGCCAUGGCGUGCAAAUAUGCAAUUCUUGUUUCAUUCAAUACCAUUUAUAUCUUCAGUUCUGAGUUAUUUCCUACUUCAGUGCGGUAAGAGAUGACUCAUUGCAAGUUUUUUGAAUUCUUUCCACUUCGUACCGUGCAUAUUCCGUUUUUAUUUUGAUUUAUUUGUUAAUAGCACAAUUGGAAUGGGAACAUCAUCAGCAUGUGCAAGAAUUGGUUCAUUUUUAGCACUUUAUGUUGUUUGGUUGGUACGUAUUUACAAACAUGCAUAUUGUAAUUUCGGACAAACAAUGAGUUCUUUCGAUGUUGUCAAGCCACUAUGUAGCUGGGAUGCUAUCUUUUAUACGUUAAGACAUGUUCGUGCUAUAUAUCACUCCAUCUUAUAUAUUUAGCUUUGCCAACUAGGGCAGGGUCACCACAACAGCAUAUGCCAAUUACUGUGGGCCCUUUUACCUAACCCACCCUGUCAACUUUCCCUGUGGGAGGAAACCGGAGUACCCGGGGAAAACCCACGACUUUCGGCAGAGCGUUGACUUUUACUCUUUUCACGUGAGGACUGGGUUUGAAUCGCAUUGAGAAGGUACUCACUGAGGCUUGAACCUGCGGCCUCAGAGGUGAAAGGCAAGUGCACUAACCACUUGGCCACCGAAGCCCCUACAAUUAGCCACCGAAGCCCCUUAUCUUAAGGCAGGGACCGCGAAGUCUGGGAGGGGACAGGGGUCUAUGCCCCACUUUUUUGCCGAGUAAAACGACAAAAGGUAAUUGCAUGCAUGGUAUAUAUGGUUUAAAAAUCUGACCACAAAAUGUCUGGGCUCCAUUCACUCAACGGUCACUGUAGGAACAGCUGCAUAUUAAAUUUUGUAAUUUUUCCCUUUUCUUACAGAUCCGUAUCCACGCUUUGCUGCCUUACUCUAUUGUCUUUGUCCUGUGUAUAGUCACUGGACUGAUAUGCUUCAAAUGGUUGCCAGAAACUGCCAACAAACCAACACCUGAAAGCAUGGAAGGUGUCAUUGAGAUGAUGCAGAUGGAUGACGCUGUGGAACAAACAGUGGAAGUAACCGAGGAAUCCUUAACCAAAAAAGAUGCAGUAUCAAUAUAAGUAUAUAUACAGUGCGUCUAAAAAAAAUGUCACUCUGUCUAAAAUGAAAAUAAAAAUGUUGUUAGUAGAGAUACAAUCGCAAUUGUUGAUGAAACUAAAAGUGAAGAAUGUUGGCUAGCACUCCUGUUAAUUUCAGGUGUUUUCUGCAAUGAAUGACGAUGUAAUAAAUGUUUCUAAUUGGUGCGAAAAUUUUAUGAAAUCCCAAAUGUAUUAAAAGGAAUGCAUUCGAUUAAACUCUGUCAAAUAUUCAAUAUCGCCCAAUUACUUGAUUUAAACACAACAUGGUUGGUGUGCAAUUCACAACCGAGCAACACACAUUUAUGGUGCUAGAGUAUACAAGAAGAUAAGAAGUCCAGGGCGGGUAAUUGAGCGUUUUGAAGAGAGGUUUCCGGACCGGCAGCCUCCAUGCACCAGGACGAUUUUAAGGAAUUUUGCUAAGUAUUCAGCACAUGGGACAAGUCUAAACAGAAAUGUUGGACAUUCUGCAAGACGACACCGGCUACAGGAACAGAGUCAUUGCCUUUGGACAACCAAGAGAAUGGCCUCCUAGGUCUCCUGAUCUUACCCCUUGUGACUUUUUUUGUGGGGGUAUCUCAAAUCACGCGUGUAUCAAACACCUCCACAGAAUUUGGAGGACCUCCGCAACAGAAUCACUGCAGAAGUGCAUUCACUGCCGCGGGACAUGGUUCGCCGAGCCGUGCUGAAUAUGGAAAUUCGUGCUCGCUUAUGCAUCGAACGAAAUGGCGCACACAUCGAAGGACGAUAGUCUUUUGACAUUUUACGCAAUUGCACGUUUUGUGAUAAAUUAAUUUACAUAAAUUUGGGAAAUUGAGAAAAACGGCUGUUACAAUAAAACAGCUCUUAUUUUGUGUUGCAUUGGUGAAAGUUCCUGAAAUUAACAGGAAAGCUGAUCAACACAACAGUUCAUUUAUCUAAUACAUCACUUUGAAAAUAUUUUACCGAAGCAUGAUUAUAUUUGUAUUUUAGUCGGAGUGACAUUUUUUUGAGACACACUGUAGUUGACAUUCAUUGCUUCAGAUUCAUGGAAUUUUGAAACAAUGAAUAUAAAUGAUAUUAUUUGUUAUCCCAUUGAAAGAACUCAUUGCAUUGUCCAUAGACUUAAUUGCAACAAAUUGACUCGUUACGUAUUGUAACGAGUAAAACAAGUAAAACGAGUGAGCGAAUUAAACGAAUGAGCGAGUCUUGUCCAGUGAGCUCCAUCAAUAUAUCUCGAGCAAGAACUUCACUGUCAUUCGGCCUGUGAGGAAAGUGAAGUCAAAAUGGCGGCCAUUGACGUCCGAUACAGUACUGCUCAGAAAUAACGCAUGCGUUCGCGUUGACACUGUAGCUCUGAAGUCCGGAAACACUUUUUAUACCAUUUUCCCUAGCCAAUUCCAGUUUUUUCUCAUGGACCGGAUAAUCAAGUUAUCAGUUCAUAAAACCAUAGUGAAAUUCUUUAAAUCGAUGUCAAAAUACGAAAUUUCGGCCGACAUUCCUCGCCAAGUUAGCUUCACUUUCUGGACUCGAGUUCUCGCUCCAGAUAUAUAUGGAGUUCACUGGUCUUGUCGCGCUUGCAGGAAAUUGCAUCUCUUUGCCGCGAAAAAUUACAUGACUUAAUUAAUUCAAAACUCAAAAAUAUUUCAAAUUUCCUCUCAAUAUUUCCUCACAACUGUUUCGAUUGCUCAUGCAACACAUAAAAUAAACACGGAAAAGCCAUCGAUCAUAAUGCAUCGCCAAUUCUU